GUGAUUGCACUGCUUCAACUGCCGCACAAUUUUUGACCGAGGAAGUAAUCCUGAAAUAUGGCACUCCGAAAUGUAUUCUUACAGACAAUGGCACUCAUUUUACAGCAACGAUGAUGACUGAAUUAUUUAAGAAAAUUGGUAUUACACAUUUAUAUUCAACACCUUACCAUCCAAUGACUAAUGGACAAAUAGAAAGAUUUAAUGCUACAAUGGAUGCUAAAAUAGCAGCAUUAUCAAAUGAAAAACGUACGAAUUGGGAUGAACAAUUACCAUUUGUUACAUUCAACUACAACACUACUAUUCACAAAACGACUGGACAAAUUCCAUUCGAAUUAAUAUAUGGUCGUUCGCCAAUUUUACCUUUUGAUCAACAACAACCAUUAGUUACCUUAUCACAAGAUCCGGAAUACAAGUCAAAAUUAAAUCAAUAUUUAUUAACAUUAACUGAACAAACAAAAGUUAAAAUAUUAGAACAACAACGAAAAUAUAAAGACCGUUAUGAUCGAUAUCGGACCGAUCCAACUUAUAAAGUCGAUGAUCUCGUCCUUAUUAAAACAUUAAACAAGCGAAACAAAUUCGACAUACGAUAUGAAGGACCUUUCAAGAUUACACAACAAAUUGGAAGAAAAACAUUUAUCGUACAACAUAUUAAGAAGCAUACAUUAAUACGGCAAGUUACAAUAGAUGUCCUUAUUCCCUUAUAUGAACGAAAAUAUAUGGAUUAG